GGAGCAGACCGCGGCAGCAGCAGCUGGCGAGGAGGAGGAUGCAGGGACGGCUGCCGGCCUGUGUGGUGGACUGUGGCACGGGGUAUACAAAACUAGGAUAUGCUGGAAAUACGGAACCACAGUUUAUCAUCCCUUCCUGUAUUGCUCUUAAGGAGUCAGCAAAAGUGGGCGAUCAAGCUCAAAGGAGGGUGAUGAAAGGUGUUGAUGACCUAGACUUCUUCAUUGGUGAUGGAGCAAUAGGAAGACCUACAUAUGCAACAAAGUGGCCAAUCCGCCAUGAUAUACUUGAAGAUUGGGACUUGAUGGAAAGGUUUAUGGAGCAAGUGAUCUUUAAAUAUUUAAGGGCAGAACCUGAAGAUCAUUAUUUUCUUUUGACUGAACCGCCACUGAAUACUCCAGAAAACAGGGAAUAUACUGCUGAAAUAAUGUUUGAGUCCUUCAAUGUUCCUGGCUUGUACAUCGCUGUACAGGCCGUUCUCACCUUAGCUGCAUCUUGGACCUCCAGACAAGUAGCAGAACGGACGUUGACCCGUACGGUAAUAGACAGUGGAGACGGUGUCACUCAUGUCAUCCCUGUCGCUGAAGGGUAUGUGAUUGGCAGCUGCAUUAAGCACAUUCCAAUCGCAGGACGAGAUGUAACAUAUUUUAUUCAGCAAUUGUUGAGAGACCGAGAAGUAGGAAUUCCUCCAGAACAAUCCUCGCAAACUGCUAAGGCAGUGAAGGAGUGCUAUAGUUAUGUCUGCCCAGACCUAGUAAAAGAAUUUAACAAGUGUGAUACAGAUGGAUCAAAGUGGAUUAAACAGUAUACUGGAAUCAAUGCUAUCUCAAAGAAAGAGUUCUCCAUUGAUGUUGGAUGUGAGAGAUUCUUGGGACCUGAAAUUUUUUUUCAUCCAGAGUUUGCUAACCCAGACUUUACCCAGCCUAUCUCAGAAGUUAUAGAUGAAGUAAUUCAGAAUCGUCCUAUUGAUGUCAGAUGUCCUCUCUACAAGAAUAUUGUCCUCUCUGGAGGUUCAACCAUGUUCAGGGACUUUGGACGUCGCUCGCAAAGAGAUUUGAAAAGAACUGUAGAUGCCAGACUGAAAUUAAGUGAGGAAUUGAGUGGAGGUAGAUUGAAGCCAAAACCUAUUGAUGUACAAGUCAUUACACACCACAUGCAACGAUAUGCAGUUUGGUUUGGAGGAUCUAUGCUGGCUUCCACACCUGAGUUCUACCAAGUAUGCCACAGCAAAAAGGAUUAUGAAGAAAUUGGACCUAGCAUUUGUCGUCACAAUCCAGUGUUUGGAGUCCUGUCGUAAAAUUGGCUUCAUAGUUAUUGGGGUUAGGGAGGUGGAGAAGAAAUAGUCUUUCUGAUUACCUGUUUUGUCUG